AUGGCUGGGCGGUGGUGGUGGUGGCGGUGGCUGCUGGUCCUGUGUCUGCUGCCUUUGCUGGUGACAAGGAGGAGCGGUGUCAGCGCCUACCGUGUGACGCUCAUCCCGCUGCCAGAGACUGGUCACUGUCGCCAGAUGGUCGGUGUUGGCCGCCAGCUCCUGUCCCAAGGCCAUCAGGUACUCUUGUACGUUCCCUCAUACUUCAAGAUCAGACGCUGCACAGAACCAGCGCCAACCGAUGACAUCCAGGUACAGGUGUUCCGCGUCGACCCGACAGUGGCGGCCGUACUGGAUAGCCUCGACUCCAUAAUGGAGGCUGUCCGUGGCGGUAACGUGGCGGCGAGACCAUCCGCCAGGCCUGUACGUGAUGUCCUGGGUCACGUGUGUCAGAGCUACUUGGAGGCUCGAGAUGACCUGGAGGGCCUCAAGAAGUUCAAGCCAGACCUGUUUCUUUCAUACUUCUCGAAGGCUUGGGCCGACGCCUCCCUAGCCGCUACCUUUCGCCAGGGAAACACCUUGGGGGCAAAGCUGAGCAAAGUGGAUUAUGGUGUUCUUUUCAGGAGAGCCGUUUUGUUUCUGGAAAACUCUGACUACAUCUUGGACUACCCCAAAGCGAACUUUCCAAAUUUUGUCCAAGUCGGCGGGCUGACGGCGGCACCGGGUAAACCUCUGCCGGGACCUUUACAAAGGUUUUUUGAUGGUGCUGAUGAUAGAGGAGUGGUGGUCGUGUCUUUCGGAUCUCAGCUUCUGAACCCAACCUCGCAAGUAGAGGAGAAAUUGUUGCUGGCCUUCAGACACGUGGACGCCCGCGUGCUGUUGCGACUGAACGCCUCUACAAGUGUCACCAGGCUGGGACACGUGCAGAUCGCAAGCUGGUUUCCACAGAACGAUGCCCUGGGACAUCCAAAAGUUCGCUUGUUUGUAUCGCAUUGCGGUAAAAAUGGAUUUUUCGAAGCACUGUACCACGGGGUGCCCAUUCUGUGUACACCUUUCCACUCACACACAGUUGGAACUGGCACCCGAGUGAACGAGUUUGGUGUUGGUCAUAUGUUGGACUUUCUGGCUGUGUCUGCUGACAAGAUCUCCUCAACCAUUAACUCUAUGUUGGCUGACAAAGGAUUGUCCAAACGUAUGAAAAUGGCAUCUUACUUAUUCAAGAACAGACCGGAAACGCCAUGCGAGCGUGCGGCCAUGGCGAUAGAACGCGUUAUUAAAUACGGCGGGGUUCACCUUCGACCCCGUUCAAUAGAUUUGAACUUCUUUCAGCAUGCAGGUCUUGAUGUGGCUUUUGCUGUGUUUGCAUUGUGUAUUGGUAUUGUUGUAACUGUUGUGUUUGCUGUGUUGCACGGUGUACGAUACGUGCGAGGAGCAUCAUCAUCUGCAGACUCGCAUACAAAGCUGGCCGCGAAUACUCUGCACCAACCCGAAAACCAGGUUCACGAAACCGAGGUCUCGGUUCACCAGAUCACAGAUGAUCACGAGGGGGCCGCCAAGCUCCACCUGAAGGCGAGAAACAGACAGUCUCACGAUACCAAACUCAAGGUUUCUGAUGAAGUUCGUCAUAAAGUGAUAUGUGUUGUUUUGUUAGUGGCAGUUGCUUUGUUCUACUAUCUCGCUUAGUAGACAGCGCAAGCUUCCUUUCCGUAUAAACAUGGAGUGUGCCGUUGUCCCAGCUUCCGAGAUGUUAAGAUCCAUUUUUUAAAACUGAUAGUUGGCUACAUUAAAAAAGAGAAAAACCAGA